GUGUUCCGGUUCUGCGCGGUGUCCGUCAGCUGACAGAUGUUUGGCUCCUCGGUUCGGUUCGUGCGGCAGUGAAAUAAAAACAGCUGCGCGAUCAGAGCAGUGCAGCGCCAUGAGCAACGGCGGUACCCCGCGAUCACUGCCCUCCUCCGGGCAGAAGUCCAUCCAGGAGAUCUGCCACCCUCUGUCCGCCGAGGAGAGCGCACGGAGCCGCAGCCCAGAUGUGCUGAACCCCGGAGAGAAGGACCUGAGUCUGCCCAAUGGGACUCCAGUAGACACAUCAAGCCCCGCCUCCUCUUCAUCGCUACUAAACCGACUGCAGCUCGACGACGAUUUGGACGCAGAAACGCGCGACCUGUUUGUGACUGUAGAUGAUCCUAAAAAGCACGUGUCUACAAUGGAGACGUACAUCACCUACAGAGUCUGCACAAAGACCACCAGAACAGAAUUUGACCUGCCGGAGUACUCGGUAAGGCGACGCUACCAGGACUUUGAUUGGCUGAGGAUAAAAUUAGAGGACAGUCAACCAACACACCUUAUUCCACCUUUACCUGAGAAGUUUGUAAUGAAGGGAGUGGUGGACCGGUUUUCAGAGGAGUUUGUGGAGACGAGGAGAAAAGCGCUAGACAAGUUCCUCAAACGUGUAGCAGAUCAUCCGGUGCUCUCCUUCAACGAACACUUCAACGCUUUUCUCUCAGCAAAGGACCUGAAUAAGCGUCAGGGUCUUGCUCUGCUGACUAAAAUGGGGGAAUCUGUGAAGUACGUGACGGGUGGUUAUAAACUGAGAGGACGGCCGGUGGAGUUUGCUGCUAUGGGGGAAUAUCUGGACAUGUUCACACAGAAACUGGGCACCAUUGACAGGAUAGCACAAAGAAUCAUUAAAGAACAGACAGAGUUCCUGAUGGAGUUGAGAGAGUACGGGCCGGUCUACUCAUCCUGGUCUUCUUUCGAGGAGGAUCUCCAUGAGCCUUUGGAAGGGGUUUCAGGCUGUGUGUCCAACUGCUCCAGCGCUCUGGAGGAGCUCACAGAGGACAUGAGUGAAGACUUUCUCCCCGUUCUCAGAGAAUACGUCCUCUAUAUCGAAUCCAUGAAGAAUGUGCUUAAAAAGAGAGACCAAGUCCAGGCUGAAUACGAAACAAAACUGGAGGCUGUUGUUUUCAGAGAGGAAAAAAAGACGCCGAUGCCCACUGAUGUGGAGAAGUGCCAAGAUCGAGUAGAGUGCUUUAAUGCUGACCUGAAAGCCGAUUGGGACCGCUGGCAGAACAACAAGCGACAGGAUUUUCGACAGCUGCUGACGGGGAUGGCUGACAAAAACAUCCAGUACUACGAGAAGUGCCUUGCAGCUUGGGAGUCUCUCAUUCCACUAUUACAAGACAAACAGGACGCUAAAGGUGAAACGAACUGAGCACGAACUUCACCCAUUCUCAAUCCGAGCUUCAGAGCUCGCGAUCCUCAAACAGGCCGUCCAACAUGAUGGGACGCACAAGGACGGGACACUACUGGACUGGACAAACUACUAGAAAUCCAUUUUGUAAGGUGUCUCUAUUUGUAAAAGCCCAUGGUUCUCUCUCUUGUUUUCCCGCUCUUUUUUUGUGGAAGGAGAAUUUGUAGUUUUCUCUUCUCAAACUUGGGAGUAAAACUGCAAAAACGUGACUCUGAAGCGGACAAGAGGAUGACAGAGCGACGGAAAACCUUUGGUAACGUCAACACAUCUGUAGUUUUUAGUGAAAUGUUUGCAAGUAAUCCUUUUGUAAAUGCUUGUUUGUUGCUGCCCAUCCGAGGCAACAGAGACAUCAGUGAUUCUUUUGUUUUGUUUGUUGUUGUUUUGUUUUUGUUCGCCGAAGGUUUGCCAACAUUCCUCUUGCCAAAGACGUGGACCUGAAGUUUGAUAUCUUUUUUUUUUCUCCAGACGAUUUCUUGGCACCAGGAUCCCCCGUUAUUAUCAAAAUGUGGCUGUUACAUUGAAAUGAAGGAUGAUUUUUUUCCCUCAGCCGUACUUUGACCUCAUUAAAUAUUUAUGAUAA